AAUUUGGGAAAAUUUGGGAAAAUCUGGGAAUCUUGGGCUCGGCUGUUUCCAGCUGAGCCUUUCCCUUUCAUCCCUUUCCCAACUUUUCCCGAGGAUUUUUGGGAUGGGCCCAGCCGGGAUCGCUGCCAAGGGAGGGGAAUCGAUCCAAGGAAAAUCAAAACCCUUGGAUUGGAUCCCAGGGAUUCCAUUCCCAGGAAUUCCGGUCGUUCCCGGUGUUUUCCAGGCCAUGUCCCUGCCGGGAAUUCUGGGAUCGCUGCUCCAAGAGGAGGAAAAAUUCUCCUCGUGCCUGGCCCGGCUCGACGCCCUCAUCCUCAAACCUCUGCUCCAGACAGAGCCCAACGAUCCGAAGGAAAAAGAGAAUUUCCAGCUCCUGGUGCUGCUCAACGAUCGCUUCCAAGCCCUCUGGAAUUUCACGGAGGAGAAUUCCCGGAUCCUGAGGGGCUCCGAUUCCGGCUGUAUCCAGGAUUUUUACAUCCUCUGGAAAGGAGAUCUCUUCCUCAGCCUGUCCAUCCACUCCCUGGCUCCGGCUCUGCACUCAGAGCUCCUCAAACCUUUCCGGGAGCACAUCCAGAGCUGCCUCCGGCUCCUCCGGCAGCUCCGGGAGCAGCUCCAGGAGGGCCCUGAGCGGGACGCGGCCGGAGCCGUGGAGAGGGAAUUUGGGAAGUUGGAAUCCUUCGUCAGCCAGGUCCUGGAUGAGGCCGCCCGCACCAAGGAGCUCUGGAAUUCCCUGGGAUGGAAAUUCACCGACGUGCUGCGCGUUCCCGAGCGGAGGCUCCUGGAGGACAGCAGGAACCUUCCCAUCGCUUCCGGCAGCUCCCGCUCCGAGCGCCUCCUGCUCUUCGACGACGUCCUGGUGCUGAUCCAGGGAAACAGCUUCCAGAGUUUUGAUCUGAAGUUGGUGUGGGUGGAUGAAAACUGCGGAGAGAAAUUGGCUCCAGGAUCGCACGGCCUGCGCGUCACCACCCCGGAGGAGACGUUUGUCCUCUCCACCAAGGACCCCCAAACCAAGGCCGUGUGGCGCUGGAAGCUGGAGCAGGCCGUGCGCCAGGCGCUCAACGGGAAGCGCGAUUUCCCGCUCUGGGGCAGCAGCGGCGACGGAGCCGAGGCUCCAUCCCGAAGAUUCUUCAGCUACGGAUUCCGCAGGGACGGCCGGCUCCGAGGGGCCACCUACGAGGAUUUUUGUUGGGAUUUAUGGGAAUUUUUGGGGGAGUUUGUAGGAAUUUUUAUUGGGAUUUCCGGGUGUUGCAGCGAUCGAGGAUCCAAUCCAAAUAGCUGGAAUAUUUCGGGAUGGAUGAGCUUGAGCUCCUCGCUUCCCUGGUUUUCCACUCCAGGAGUAGAAAUAUUCCCGAUGGAAUCCAACAUUCCCGGAUUUUCCGGCAGGUACGGGAACGGCCAGGUCUACAGGGGUUAUUUCAAGGAUGACCUGCGCCACGGAUUCGGGAUCCUGGAGAAUUCCUCGGCUCAACGUCCCUUCAAAUACACCGGCCACUGGGAAAAGGACAAAAAGAGCGGAUACGGAGUCUGGGAAGACAAGGAGAGAGGGGAGAGGUACAUCGGGAUGUGGUGGGAUGACCGCAGGCACGGAGACGGAAUCGUGGUGACGCACUCGGGGCUCUGCUACCAGAGGAGGUUCCAGGCGGAUAAAAUGGUGGAGUCCGGGAUUUCCAUGGAAUCCGGGAUUUCCAUGGAAUCCGGGAAUCCCCGGCACCGGGAAUUCACCGCAGGGGGCCGGGGGGAG